UCACAAGGUUAGCAGAGAAUGGUGACUCGCUUCCUUCCGGUCCGCUAAGCGGAGGCCGGAAGUGUUUUUUGCUGCGUCUCUGGGAGUGGAAGGCAGUUGGUAGUGGCAGUCAGGGCAGCGAGCGGUUCCGUGAAGCGCUCGGGUUCUCGCGGCUGAGCAGGGAUUUAACCGCCACCAUGUCGAGCAAAAGAGCAAAGACCAAGACCACCAAGAAGCGCCCCCAACGCGCAACCUCCAAUGUGUUUGCCAUGUUUGACCAGUCACAGAUUCAGGAGUUCAAGGAGGCCUUUAACAUGAUCGAUCAGAACAGAGAUGGUUUCAUCGACAAGGAAGACUUGCAUGAUAUGCUUGCCUCCCUGGGGAAAAAUCCAACUGAUGAGUAUCUCGACGCCAUGAUGAAUGAGGCUCCAGGUCCCAUAAAUUUUACCAUGUUUCUCACGAUGUUUGGUGAAAAGUUAAAUGGCACCGAUCCAGAAGAUGUCAUCAGAAACGCUUUUGCUUGCUUUGAUGAAGAAGCAACUGGCACCAUUCAGGAGGAUUACCUGAGAGAGCUGCUGACCACAAUGGGAGAUCGGUUUACAGAUGAGGAAGUGGAUGAGCUGUAUAGAGAAGCACCUAUUGACAAAAAGGGGAAUUUCAAUUACAUUGAGUUCACGCGCAUCCUUAAACAUGGAGCGAAAGACAAAGAUGACUGAAAAGAACUUCAAAUUCCAGCCAAACUUUCCUUGUUGCUACUUUGGGUAUUUCUGAGACUUUCUCUUAGAGCCUAUUGCAUGCCCUUAGCUUUACAGCUUUUGCCUUUCUUGUUGUAUUUAUUCUCAACCAUUUGGGGCACAUGCAUCUCUAUAAUCAGACUGGAAAUGGGACUUUUUUGUCAUUUUCAGAAUAGAAAAUAGGGUAGUUUAACUUACCCCUACCUUCCCCUCCCCCAGUAACUGCAGUCUACAAAGAGUCGAUAUAUUUUUUCAGAGAAAGUUAUUCACUCAAUUUUUUCUGAACCAUAAUUAAACUUUAUGAUAGAAACUUA